UGCAAGCAGAAGAGAGCCAGGCAGGCAGAGGAGGCAGCAGGCAAGCACAAUGGCUGCAUCUCAAGGGAAGAGCGAUAUGCAGUUUGCAGACUGGAUGGCAAAUCUGCCACAAAGGAUCCACAAAGUCCCUCUCUCCAGUUUAGCUAUCCCAGGAUCACAUGACUCCUUCAGCUUCUACAUCGAUGAGGCAUCUCCAGUUGGACCAGAACAGCCAGAGACUGUCCAGAACUUUGUGUCUGUGUUUGGAACAGUUGCCAAAAAGCUCAUGAGAAAGUGGUUGGCCACCCAAACAAUGAACUUUACAAACCAAAUGGAAGCUGGAAUAAGAUAUUUUGACCUCCGGAUUUCCACGAAGCCUAGAGACCCUGAUAAUGAGUUAUAUUUUGCUCAUGGAUUAUUUAGUGCCAAAGUUAAUGAAGGUCUUGAACAAAUUAAUGGUUUUUUGAACACUCACCCGAAGGAAGUUGUAUUUUUGGACUUCAACCAUUUUUAUGGGAUGCAAAAAUACCAUCAUGAAAACCUGGUCCAGAUGCUGAAGGACAUAUUUGGGAACAAGACAUGUCCAGCUAUCUUUGCCCAGGAAGUAAGUCUUCAUUAUCUUUGGGAACGUAACUACCAGAUUUUGGUGUUCUACCACAGUCCGGUGGCACUUGAAGUUCCAUUUCUCUGGCCUGGGCAGAUGAUGCCAGCCCCAUGGGCUAAUACCACGGACACAGAAAAACUAAUUCAGUUUCUACAGUCGUCAAUUAUUGAAAGGAGGAAGAACGGCUCCUUUUUUAUUUCUCAGGUGGUAUUAACACCAAAGGCUAGUACUGUUGUCAAAGGAGUUACCAGUGGACUAAGGGAAACUAUUACAGAACGGGCCCUCCCCUCCAUGAUGCAAUGGGUUCGGACGCAAAAGCCUGGUGAAAGUGGAAUCAAUAUAAUUACAGCGGAUUUCGUAGAGUUAGGUGACUUUAUCAGCACAGUCAUCAAGCUGAACUGUCUCUUGGACGAACAAGACUGCACUACUUGAUAAUGCAAUACACUUCCACCCUAUACACACAUGGAAUGCUGCAGUGUAUUUGUCUUUAAAAUGUUUUAUUGCAAAAUACAGAACUCUUCCAGUCACAUUCUAAGAUUCCAAGCAGUGUGGGUCUUGUAGAUAGAAAACAAUUUGGAGUAGUCAUUUC